AUGGCUGAUCAACUUACUCAAGAACGUAUUGACGAAUUCCGUGAAGCCUUUCAACUCUUUGACCGUAACGGUGAUGGGAAUAUCUCGGCCAAGGAAUUAGGUGUUGUUUUGCGUUCGUUUGGUAUGAACCCAAGUGAUGCUGAGCUGCAGGAUAUGAUCAAUGAUGUGGAUGCUGAUGGUAAUGGCACUAUUGACUUUGAUGAAUUCCUUGGUCUUGUACAAAACCUGCAAUCCACCAAUGAAGCCGAUGAUUUGAAGGAAGCAUUCAGAGUAUUUGAUACGGAUGGCAACGGAUUGAUCGAUCAUCAAGAACUUCGAGAUGUGAUGGCAUCUUUGAAUGAGCACCUUACUGAAGAAGAAAUCCAUUCCAUGAUUGCUCAAGCCGAUAUGAAUGGUGAUGGCAAGAUCAGCUUUGAAGAAUUCAAGUUGAUGAUGGGAUCCAAAUAG